AUGCCACCUCGGCUGAGCUAUCGCAAGUCCACAACUGGCUGCCUUCGAUGUAAAACAAGGAAGGUCAAGUGCGAUGAAAAGCGACCCAAAUGCAGCCAUUGCACUCGCCACAGUGUAUCGUGCGAAUAUCCUUCUCUGGUUACCCGGAUCUACGACCCCAGUCAGCCAAAACCCAAAUCAACAAACGCGCUUGUUUGUCAAAGGAAUGAUGAGAGCCCUCGACCAAGUCUGCCUUCCCCAGAGCUCGGCAGUAGGCGGGUCCUCGAGCUACGCCUCAUGCACCACUGGAUCACCGCAACUGCGGACACAAUGAGCUCCGCUCAGUUAUCCUCCGUUCGUGAAAUGUGGAGCGUCUCGGUGCCUCAAUUGGCAUUCGAGUAUGAGCCGCUUCUUCACACUUUACUCGCCCUUGGGGCAGCGCAUCGCACAACACUGCUCCCUGGCGAAGCGCCCUCAUUACGGCCCAUAUAUCAUGGGUACAUUGAUUCUGCCCUCAAAGGGCAUCGGCCCGUGACGGCAAAACUUGACGGCAAUACAAGCGAAUCAGUCUGUCUGAACGCUAUUUUAAUAUCUCUAUACACCUUAUUCCUGCGGUCGGAGGGCACUCCUCAGCCCUAUGAGCCCCCGAUUCUAUGGCUAUCAAUGGCACGUGGCAUUCGUACCGUUAUAAAAACUGUUUAUCACCAAUUAAUGGCGUCAAAUUCGCGCUUAUGCCCACUGCUUGUUGCACAACCCACAAUUUGGCAUCGAGACCCAACCAACUCUGACGAGAGUCCUGCCAAGCCCUUUCACUAUCUUCUGGAAUAUCGCCAGGAAGAGAUGACGGACUCUGUUGACAAUGCUUAUUACGGAACCAUCACGUACCUUGAGCGCUUGUACUUUGCUGUCCAAGAUCGGCAACCGGAAUAUGUCAUCCGUAAAAUCUUCAACGGCUUUCCACCAGUUGUUCCUAAGUUAUUCCUUGACUAUGUCGGUGAGAAACGGCCGCGCGCUCUGGCAAUCCUAGCACACCUGUUUGCUCUGGGUAAAAGCGUGGAAAAUAUCUGGUGGCUGCGUGGGAUUCCUGAACAGGAGGUGAGAGGUAUUGACAGUAUCAUGCCAGCUGAUUGGAAGUGGGCUUUGGCUUGGCCUCUCAGUCUUGUGUCAAAGGAUAAUCCUGCGAGCGAGGCUUCAUCUCCUUUGACAAUGCGAAGCGUGAUUGAUGAGCUGGUCUAA